AUGGCAGUCCCUUGUUCUCUUGUGUCCCUCUGGACCUCUCCCUUUCCUCCCCAGAGCGUGCUGGUUGAGCCGACGUCGGGCAACACGGGCAUCGGCUUGGCGUUCAUAGCAGCGGCGAGGGGCUACAAGCUCGUCCUCACCAUGCCCGCCUCCAUGAGCCUCGAGCGCCGCGUGCUGCUCAAGGCCUUCGGGGCCGACCUCGUUCUCACGGACCCUGCCAAGGGUAUGAAGGGCGCUGUGGCCAAGGCGGAGGAGAUUGUGAAGGGCACCAAGAACGCCUACAUGCUGCAGCAGUUUGAAAACCCCGCCAAUCCCAAGGUGCACUUUGAGACAACGGGGCCUGAGAUCUGGGAGGACACUAACGGGCAGGUGGACAUCCUUAUAGCGGGGAUAGGCACGGGCGGCACCGUCACUGGCGUGGGACGCUACCUGCGCAGCAAGAAGCCUGGCGUCAAGGUGCGUGUGAUUGUACCGAGGGGGAGAGGGGGCGCUAGCACUAUCUUUAUCUUCCCUUCUUCCCUGUCCCCGCUUCCUGCCUACCCCCUUCCCACCCGUUUUUCCACCUUCCCGGAAAGGUGGAAAAACGGGUGGGAAGGGGGUAGGCAGGAAGCGGGGACAGGGAAGAAGGGAAGAUAA